AUGUACCGCUCGUUUCUUGGCGUUGCUUUGCUCUCAAUACUGCAGGCUUCGGAUGUUAGCUCCUCUAUUCCAUAUUUGAAUCCAGAUUUUCAAAUGUAUCAGGACCCGGGAAAGUGCUUGCCGCUCCAAGAGAAAUGGUACACCUUAUACAGGAACUACGAGUCCGACCCUGCGUUUGGUGGAACUGAUCCAUGCAUCGAAUUCACUUGUCUGGGUCCGGCAGUGGACGGUGCCUUCCCUUUUACAGUUCGAUACGGAGACAGUUCGGCCAAUUUGACGCUGACCCUAUCGGCAUCUGAAGGAUACACGACACAAAACCUUUUGUACUUUCAACCAAUUGGACAAAAGGAGUCAAUGUUGCUGACCGCCUCUUACGUUGACUGCAUGACCUGCGUUGUAUUCAGAAGCACAUACCUAAACGAGGGUGCCUGUUCUCUUAUUGUUCCUGAAAGCGCACUGGGGAAAGAGCUCUCCUGUUGCGACUACCUGUUUGACCUACUGUGCGAUGCAACUCCGAAGUUCACUAUCUACGAUGAGAGCUGCUCAAAGUAA